CUCAAACAAGACACUCUCGUCUCUUUCACUAUUCUAAAAUCUGCAAAUAUUCUCCCUCCAUUUUUUUUUCUCUCUCAUAUAACCCCCCAAAUUAAAUCAAAAUCUGAAUUUCUAGAAAAAAUGAGGUUCAAUUUCGACAUUGCAGAAUCAAGCAAUGAGAAGAAUCAGCAGAAAUCGAAAACCCUAGCUCUCUCUUCAUCUCCUUCUUCUUCAACUCCCACUGAUAAGCAGCUUCAAUGGCUUCCACUUCAGGAUCAUCCCGUCUUCUCCUCCUUCGCCGCCUUCGGCGGCGGCGUAAGUUCGCCGGAGAAUCGGUUUGCGAUGAAUCUAAUGGCUUGGGAUGGAUCUUCUAGAAUCUACUACUGGGAUUCCGAGAAGGAUUGUCUUCAUCGUUUGUCUGUUCGUUUGGGUGAACCUGAACCUACUUCUGUUGCUGCUGCUUCUCCUUCUAAGGUGCUGCAAACAGAUAUUGAACUUGACUAUCAUGUUACCAAAAUCUCAAUUAAUAGAAAUGGGUCAGCAUUGCUUCUUGCUGGUUCAGAUUGCAUAUGUGUCAUGUAUCUUUAUGGAUGUACUUCCGCAAAGGAUGGUUCGAGUAUUUGCAGGACUGUCCCUGUUGGUUCUGAAGUUUAUGAUAAAUGUAAUAGUGCUAUCCGCAUAUUGCAAGUGGUAUGGCAUCCUUAUAGUGAUACACAUAUUGCAGUUCUUUCUUCUGAUUCAGUUUUCAGAAUAUUUGAUUUGUCAUCUGCCCUUGAUCAGCCAGAGCAGGAGUACUAUUUGCAGCCUUUAGAGCCAGGUAGAUCCCGGCAUGCAUCAUCAAUUUGCCCUGUUGAUUUCUCCUUUGGGCGUGAUCACUUAUGGGACAGAUUUAGUGUUUUUGUUUUGUUUAGUGAUGGCUCUGUUUACAUUCUCUGCCCAGUGGCCCCAUUUGGAAGUGUAUUCAUGUGGGAAUCAAUAGUAGAAAUUUACAGUGAUGCCCAAACUUUUGGUCAGAAAUCUACCAACUCAUCAGCUAUUAGCAAUUCAAGUCUGGCUAUAUCUUGGUUAGAAGCAACAUUUCCUGAACUAGACCAAGGAAAGGGAGCAGCUAGUAACAUCACAGCUGUGAAAGCUUGUCCUUAUGUGGUGAUAGAUGCGUCACUUUCAUUGCAGGGCCCUCUUCGUAAAGUUUGUCAUGGUGAGGAAGAUGAUCCUGGAUUUCGUGGAGCAGAAUGUGGUGGCCGUGCUGUGAGCUUUCUUUACAACUCUGUCGGCAAGGACUCGAUCUUAGUGACUGCAUGGAGUGGUGGACAGUUACAAAUUGAUGCUCUUGCUGAUGAAAUUCAACCCCUUUGGCAAACUGGGAAUCCGCCUCAUCUCUCAUUUGAUUCCCAUGAUCGUAUACGUGGGUUUGCAAUGAUAUGUGAAUCAAUUGCAGAUCAGUUUUCUGUUGUAAGGCUUGACCAGCCACUUGAUUAUUGUGAUUGGUCUGGUCAUCCACCUCCUCUUUUAAGAUUGGCUAUUGUAGAUUUGGCCCUGCCUAAAAUCAAGGAUAGCGACUCUCUAAUUUCUAUGUUUAUUGAUCCUCUUAUCUCUGAGAGAAUAUACUGCCUUCAUGAUGGAGGUGUAGAUUCUAUAGUGUUGCACUUUCUACCAUUUACGCAUCAGACCUGUGGGAAGGAUGAAAUGAUGAAAACUCCAUCUGUACAUCCAGUUGUAAAUACAUAUGAGGGUUCAACAGGCACUUCCUCUUCUCUUUGUGGUUUUGUGGUUCUAUCUGAUUCAUUUGGCUACUCGUGGAUUGCUGGAGUCACUUCUACUCGAGAAUGUAUUGUGCUAGAGAUGAAAACAUGGGAUAUAUUGCUUCCUAAGUUUACAGACACAGAGAAGAGACCUGCCAAGUCAGAAGAAGCAAGAGAAAGGAUUACUCCAGACAUUAUAAGUAGAGAACUCCUUGCUGGCCCUCAGAUGGUUAUUGUUCCACAAGGAUCUAAUUUGCGAACAGUUGCUGCUGAUUCUAUAGAAGGACGUUCAGCCCUGCAUCAGUAUUUCAAGCUUUUCCAUGAAAACUACGUGGAAUAUGCGCAUAAGGUGUAUUUUGAACUCAAGCAUCAUGGGCCUCAUCUGAAUAAAAUAAUUCAUAACCUGCAUGCACGAUUAAGUGAAGCUAAGCAGAGGCUUGUGAAUGUUGAGAGUAAACAGCCAGAACUGGAUGAAAGGAUCAGUCGUGCAAUUGAGCGCCAUGAAUUUCUGGAAACCCGCUUGCAAAACUUGAGAAAGUUCCCUGGAAUUCAUAAGAAGCCAUUGACCAGAGCUGAGCGUGAGUUCAAGUCAGAACUAGACAGCUUUACAACUGUUGAGCUGGAUGCUUUGCAGUCCUCUGUUGAAGCAUUGAAUGGGAGGUUGAGAAGGUACACCCAAACUCUCAAGGGGAAGAUGAAGCCCAACUUCCAGAGGAUCCCCUCCAAAAAGAAGGGCUUGGUACAAGAGUCCCAGCUAGACCAAUUAAAGUCCUCACUCGAGAAACUCUCUCUAGUAAACAGCGAGAAUUCAAAGAAAGUAAAACUGGUAGAAUCUGCAUUGAAGGAUUGGGAAGAUGAAACUUCUAAAUGAGGUUAUGGUACCUGGUGAUGAUUAACGAUAUGGAUGUGGCUAUUGGUGUUUUGUGAAUUAAUUCAUGUAGAGAAGCUGUCACAAGCUCCUUGCUUAGCAGUUUGAUUGAACAGCUUUCAGAUGUUUUGUCCAGCAGAUGCCAAUGGAAAGAUGUUUCUGCUACCCUGAAAUGCCAGCGUGCCACUCGUCACUUGGUGGUUGAUUGAACAGCUUUCAGAUGUUUGGUCUUGCGGAUGCCAAUGGAAAGAUGCUUGUGCAACGUUUAAAUUCCUUGUAAUUGGUGGUGCAGUUGAGGCAUAGAGGAACUAUGUUGUUCCUAUGAUAUAGAUUUUAACAAGUGCUAACGUAGUAACAUGGAUGGGAAAGUUUCGGCUGUUCUGCUUUGUUGUAAAUUGGGUAUUUAGGGUUCCAUGGAGGAAUCGAUGUCAUAUGAUACUAGUAUUUAACUAGUAGAAAAAGUAGGAACUUAUAGCUGUAACAUUUUCGGUCUUGAGCAUCCUAGUUACAUUUUUUUUGACAUCUGCUCAUGUAGAAGUAUCAUUUUUCUGGUAAAAUAUUCAGGAAUCCUUGUAUCAAUUUAAUUCUGAUGAUGAAAAGAAAAGUAUUCAGAUUUUCUUACUAUAGAAACAUCAAU